AUGCAGCCUACCCCGAAGCUCAACGGCGGCGCCGCGCCUCUCCCCGUCGGCAAAUACGGCCAUUACCUUGGCCACUUCGGUCACUUCGGUGGUCAACCCCAGAAGGGUAUCAUUACCUACGGUCUCUCUGCCAACCGACAGAACCCCUUGGCCAACACUGCCCACGACGCCGUCUUCAACAUCUGGAGGCGAUUCUACAGCCAGGUCUUCUUCUGGGCUCCUCCUUUUGUUGCCGGAUACCUCAUCCUUGACUGGGCGAACAAGAGGAACCACUAUCUCAACUCCAAGGCUGGCCAUGCCGAGUUUGGUGGUGAGGAGGAGGAAUAA